AUGUCGCAGCUGAUUCCCCAGAUUGUCAUCAACUACCGCCGCCACAAUGCCACUGGCCUUCAGCCUACCAUGAUGAUGCUGUGGGCAUGGGCUGGUGUGCCGCUGGGCGUAUACAACAUCGCCGAAGAGUUCAACGUCGCCCUGAGGAUACAGCCACAGAUCCUCACCUUGCUGAGUCUGAAAUGGACCUUGCUGCGCGCCCUUGCAGUUGUUAUUCCCAUUACGUUUCUCAUGGGCUCAGUGCAAGCCGGGCUCAUCGUCGGUGUCCGUCAAGCGAAGAAAAAAGAUAUUGAAUGGCCUGCUACUCUCAUGGCGGUUGCGUCCGCUGUGUUGUUAGCAGCUGGAGUACUGAGGCACUACCUUGACGUCUACAUUCAUCGUACCGUCCGUGGUAUCUCGUUCAUUUUUGUUGGCAUUGAUGCGCUCGGCGACGUCUUCUCUUUGGUCUCUGUCGUCUUCCAGUCUACAGUGGACAUAGCUGGCGUGGCCAUCUAUGCCACGGAGCUCGUCCUAUGGAUUGGCAUUUUCAUGUGUGGUGCCUACUAUAAUCUCGGUCCAUGGGUCAGACUUCAGCGCGUGGACGCAGAGCAUGGUGUGACUGCAGCAACAGAGACAAGGGAAGGAGAGUCUGCGUCUGCUGCUGGCAUAUCACUUCACGAUCUCCCUUCAAGCACCUCGGUGUUUAGAACGCCGUCAGGGGAGGUCACGCGACGCGGCGCGUCCACUUGA